AUGGCUACCAAAGGAUUCUUUCUGUUUAAUUGCCUGUUGUUGUUUCUUCUACUCAAUAUGAGCACACUGUAUGGUGCCACAGAAGAAGAUAGAAAAGUAUGCAUUGUCUACUUGGGAUCACUUCCUCAGGGUGAAUACUCAUUAUCAUCGCUCCAUCGAAGUAUGCUCCAAGAAGUUGUUGAUGACGGCUCUGUAGAAAACAAACUGGUUAGAAGUUACAAGAGGAGUUUCAAUGGAUUUGCUGCCAAGCUCACUGAUAAAGAGAUGCAAAAACUUGCCACCAAGAAAGGGGUCGUCUCAGUUUUCCCGAGUAGAACUCUCCAGCUUCAAACCACGAAUUCCUGGGAUUUUAUAGGUUUAAAAGAAUCUGUUAAACGAAAUCCCAGUGUUGAGAGUGAUGUAAUAGUGGGAGUUUUAGACAGUGGAAUCUGGCCAGAAUCCGAAAGUUUUAGUGAUGAAGGUUUUGGUCCUGCUCCCAAGAAGUGGAAAGGUGCUUGUACUGGCAGAAAUUUCACUUGCAACAAAAAAUUAAUUGGAGCUCGAUAUUACUCAGCGAUAUAUGGUGAAGAUGAAACAGCUAGAGAUACUGAAGGUCAUGGAACCCAUACUGCCUCUACUGCUGCUGGCAACAAAGUAAAGGAUGCAAAUUUUUUCGGACUGGGACAGGGUACUGCAAGGGGAGGUGUUCCCUCUUCAAGAAUUGCUGUGUACAAAGUCUGCCGUGAGGGUUGUAGGGAAGUAGAUAUAUUGUCCGCUUUUGAUGAUGCUAUUGCUGAUGGAGUUGACCUUAUAACUAUUUCAAUAGGAGGAGAUACAAAAGAUUUUAGUGAGGAUGCUAUUGCCAUCGGUUCUUUUCACGCAAUGGCUAAAGGUAUAUUGACUUUAAAUUCUGCUGGCAAUUCUGGUCCUUUUCCAGGAACAACGGGAAGUGUGUCUCCCUGGAUGAUGUCAGUAGCCGCUACCACAACCGAUCGCCUUUUCGUUGAUAGAAUUGUGCUUGGAAAUGGAACGGAUGUAACGGGAUUUUCAAUUAAUGGCUUCAGUCAGAAUGGAAAAAAAUUUCCUCUGGUAAUUGGACGUCAAGUCCCAGGCGAUUGCGCUAAACCUGGCUUGACGUGCUCUGACACUUGUCUCGAUAGUAGUUCAGUAGAGGGAAAGAUCGUUUUAUGUGAAGUUUCUGAAGGAAGUAUUGUAGCUCAUCAAGCAGGUGCCGCAGGAUCUAUAACUUUAAAAAAUAAUAUAUUUGGCCCGGUUUCCUUUGUCGUAUCUUCGCCAUCAUCGUCAGUGACCUCUGAGGAUUACAACAGAAUCAUCUCCUACAUUGAUUCAAAAGAAAACUGUCAAGCUGAGAUACUAAAGACUGAAAGCAUCAAGGAUUCUGAUGCUCCUGUUGUUGCUUUUUUCUCUUCUCGUGGUCCAAAUAUUAUUCUGCCUGAGAUUCUUAAGCCUGAUAUAAGCGCUCCUGGAGUUGACAUUUUGGCUGCAUUUUCUCCUGUUGCUCCAUUGACUGAGGACGAGGAAGAUAAAAGGCAAGCUAAGUUCAAUAUAGUGUCUGGAACCUCAAUGGCAUGCCCUCAUGUCGCUGGUGUAGCUGCAUAUGUUAAAACAUUUCACCCUACUUGGUCGCCUUCAGCCAUCAAAUCUGCUAUAAUGACUACUGCUCGGCCAAUGAAUGAUUCCAUAACUUCACAAGCUGAAUUUGCAUAUGGAUCCGGGUUUGUCAAUCCAAUAAACGCUUUAGAUCCAGGACUUGUAUAUGAAGCUUUUGAAGAAGACUACAUAAGAAUGCUCUGCAGUAUAGGUUAUAGUUCUGAAAAACUUAGACGUGUUACAGGAGAUAACAACACUUGUCCUGAAGCCUCAGAAGAGGCAUCACCAAAGGAUCUCAAUUACCCUUCAAUGGCAUCCAAAGUUUCUGCAGGAAAGUCUUUCACAACCAACUUUCAUAGAACAGUAACAAAUGUUGGUCUUCCAAACUCUACAUAUAAAGUGCAUGUAUUUUCAAACUCAGGAGUUACGAUCAAAGUAGUACCUGAAGUCCUCUCUUUCAAAAGAUUAAAUGAGAAGAAAUCUUUCAAUGUGACUGUAAGUGGUAAAGGUGUUCCUGUGAAUACUAUUUUAUCUGCAUCUAUUGUGUGGUCAGAUGGGAAGCACAAUGUGAGAAGUCCAAUUGCUCUUAUUGCAAAGAGGGAUUCAAUCAAAAAUUGA